AUGGAAAAUUCAAGAGAUCGUGCCACCGGAAAACGUGUAGAAGAUGAUGAUACGAAAAAUAUGGAAGUGGAUCAAAAAGAAGAAGACGACGAAGAACCGGCGUCUCCUCCAUCAAAGAAAAGAAAACUUUCUUUAAGAUCAUCCUCACGUAAACUUCGUAAAAGUCCUAGAUCACCUCGCCCAUCGACCACUUCUUCUGCAAAAUCACCUCGCUCAUCAACCGCUUCGGUAAAAUCUCCUCGUUCUAGAACCACUUCCCCUAAAAAAGGUACUUCAGGGGCAACCUGGACUCCUGAAGAAGAUAAAGUUUUGAUAGAAAGCAUCUUGGAAUUAUUACCUCCUAUUCCUUGGCCAACCAUUAUCGUCAAAUUACCCGAAAGGAAUACGAAAAGUUUACAAAAUCGCUGGCAAAGCUUGAAGAAAAGAUUACACGUUUAA